AUGUCACGAAGUAACAGUAUAUAUACAGAGGACAUCGAAAUGUACCCCACACACAAUGAGCAGCACCUAACGAGGGAGUAUACCAGACCUCGUGAUGAGAUGAAAAGUGAAAAGCUCAAUUUCGAAGAUGGAUAUGUCAACGCUCAUGGGACUUUGUCUAAAGCCACCACAAGAGAAAUAGAAGGCGACUUGGAAUCCGAGACCUCUUCUCACUCCGGCGACGACAAACUAGAUCACUCGCAACCAAUAACCGCCGAAACGGGUGCACCAUACACGUUGCUAAGUUACGGUCAGAAAUGGGGGAUGGUAGCAGUCCUAACCAUGUGCGGAUUUUGGUCUUCAUUGGGGUCUCCGAUCUAUUAUCCUGCCUUAAGACAAUUAGAGAAGGAGUUCAAUGUGGAUGAAAACAUGAUCAACAUAACCGUGGUUGUGUAUUUAAUGUUUCAAGGUAUAGCACCCACGGUUUGCGGUGGGCUAGCAGAUUGUUAUGGUCGUAGACCUAUCAUUCUAGGUGGUAUGUUAGUGUAUGUUGUGGCAUCCAUUGGGCUAGCACGUGCUCCAUCAUACGGUGUUAUCAUGUUUUUGAGAUGUAUCCAGAGUAUUGGUAUUUCUCCCACAAUCGCUAUUAGUUCCGGAGUUGUCGGGGAUUUCACUUUAAAGCAUGAACGAGGUACUUUUGUCGGUGCCACAUCUGGGUUCGUCUUACUUGGCCAAUGCUUUGGUAGUCUUAUCGGUGCCGUCCUGACCGCAAGGUGGGAUUGGAGAUCUAUUUUUUGGUUUUUGACCAUUGGUUGUGGCACAUGUUUUAUUAUUGCAUUCCUUAUUCUACCGGAAACAAAAAGGACCAUCGCAGGUAAUCUUUCCGUCAGACCUAAAAGGUUUAUUAACAGAGCCCCAAUUUUCCUUUUGGGCCCUGUAAAGAGAAGAUUCAGGUAUGAUAAUCCGGAUUAUGAGACACUGGAUCCCACUAUUCCCAAACUAGAUUUGACCUCUGCCAUGAAAAUUCUUGCGCUACCAGAAAUUAUUUUGUCUUUGUUCCCAUCAGGGCUGCUAUUUGCCAUGUGGACUUUGAUGCUGUCGUCUAUUUCAUCGGGGUUAUCAGUGGGGCCAUAUAACUAUCGUUUGGUGAUUAUUGGUGUCUGUUAUCUACCUGGUGGUAUUGGUGGGUUAUUGGGUUCCUUUUUCACAGGGAGAGUCAUUGACAUGUACUUUAAGAGAAAGUUGAAGAAAUUUGAAGAAGACAAGGCUAACGGCUUAAUUCCACAAGAUGCUGAAAUCAACAUGUUCAGGGUCCGUUUAGUAUGUCUUCUACCCCAAAAUUUCUUAGCUGUUAUAGCAUACCUUUUGUUCGGCUGGAGUAUAGACAAGGGAUGGAGAAUCGAGUCCGUUUUAAUCACUUCAUUUGUUUGUUCAUACUGUGCCAUGAGUACACUAUCAACAUCAACUACGUUAUUGGUGGAUUUAUAUCCAACCAAAUCAUCUACAGCCAGUAGUUGUUUCAACUUUGUUAGAUGCAGUUUGAGUACCAUCUUCAUGGGGUGUUUCGCCAAAAUGAAAGCCUCAAUGACUGUGGGUGGUACCUUCACAUUCUUAUGUGCGUUGGUGUUUUGCUUUAACUUCUUGAUGUUCAUUCCAAUGAAAUACGGUAUGAAAUGGAGAGAUGACAGAUUGCUGAAACGUCAAACAUAA